AGUAACUAGAGAGUUUAGAUGAUAUUUUUUUGGUGGAUUAGGGUAAGGUGUUUGGUGCAACUUUGCAAGUACCAGCUUGAUACUGAUUGCACAAAAUUCCCAAUUUCCCACGGCUUCCCUUUAAAUCGGGGAGAGUGCAUAACUCCACGGAGGAAAACCUGGAAUCCGCUUAUUGAAGCCAAACUAUGUCCGCCUACGACCAAGCGGCAGCGGCAGCAAUUUCUCAGAUAGCACUAGCGGCGGACGGUGCUCUGCUUGGUCUUACCCUAGCAUUCGUUGCUGUGCGGAGCAUAUUCAAGUUUAGGGCUACCCGCUCGGCUUUGCACAUAAUCGAGGAAGCCCCUUUGGUUCGGGUUUCAGAUCUCCGCUCGCUCUUAGGCGCAGACAAAGAUUUAAACCAAUCCGAUGGAGGCAGGGUGGUCAUUGUCCGCGGCACUGUGGAGGCAAAGUCUUUCGUUGAAGGAAACUGGAAGAGCCUUGUGACUAACGUGCUUGUUGCUCCAGACUCGGGCGAGAAGGCUGUCAUUUUGCAGCGUACUCACACUUGUAUAUACAAUGAUUGGAAAGUGUUCAUGGGAUGGAACAGUGAUCUACUAUCACUUUUCUCAAGUUCUCGGAGAGUGCACAAGUCUUCCUCCAUUAGAAAGGUCCCCUUUGUUAUUGUUGAAGCUGGAAGGUGGUCACAAUCUGAAUAUGUUAAUGUUAAGCUGGAUGGAUCAAUGCACCCCCUACCACUUGUGACAGUCUACCAUCACUUGCAUCCAGUUAACGCCACUCCUCUUACUUUUCUCCAGGCACUUUUUGGUCAUCAGUACCCUGUUGGACUGCUAGAUGAAGAAAAAAUCCUGCCACUUGGGAAGGAGAUAACUGCAGUUGGCAUUUGCAGCUUGAGUAGUGGAACUCUAGAGAUCAAAGCAUGCAACUAUCUUCCCUUUUUCAUAUCGGAUAUGACCAAGGAUCAAAUGCUUGUAGAUCUUGCAUUUAAGACAAAAAUUUUGCUAUGGAGUGGGAUUGUAUUCAGCUCAGUUGCAAUUGGUAUCCUAAGCUAUGCCGCUGUAAGGGAUUAUUCGAGAGCUUAUAACUUAUUUUGAACUCCAAAGAUGAAAGAAGUUGUUUGUUCUGUAUGGAUGAAUAAUGAAUUGGAACAGAUGGAAAGUAUGGAGACAGCAGAGGCAGUCUCAAUCUCAACAGCAGAAUAUUGAUUCGGAUCCUCAACUUGCAGGAGAUGAGGAAACUGGGGAUGUUCCGGAUGGUCAGCUGUGUGUCAUUUGUCUUACAAGAAGGAGACUUUCUGUUUUCGUGCCAUGCGGGCAUCUUGCGUGUUGCCAACGGUGUGCCUUGUUAGUUGUACGGGAUUCAUCACCCAAAUGUCCAGUUUGUAGGCAGGCCAUUACAAAUGCCGUGAGGAUGUACGAUUCUUGAUUGCUACUGACACGUAUGCUUUUUGGUAACUAGCACACUACUGCCUAAUGUCUAUCCCUUUAAAAAAAAAUAGAGUUUAGAUUUUACAAAAUAGUAUCACUGGUUCGGUGCUCGAUCAGUUCUGAAAAUUAGCCAUUUCACCAGGUUAUUUAUACUAAUUUGAGGCUAAUAAUCUGAUACAAAUUGC